UUAUAUCCUGUGGAAACCCAGGAACCCCCAGCAACGCGAGGGUUAUAUUUAACGACGGCUUGAUUUUCUCCAGUUCCAUCAUCUAUCAGUGCCGGGAAGGCUAUUACUCCACAGGGGUGCUGAGCAGGCACUGCACGGUGAACGGGACGUGGACUGGAACCAGCCCGGAGUGCACAGUGAUCAACUGCGGUGACCCCGGUGUGCCCGCCAACGGCAUCCGCCUGGGCAGCGACUUCACCUACAACAGGACGGUGACGUUCCAGUGCAUGCCGGGGUACAUGAUGGAGUCAGACCGAGCAUCUUCCCUCACCUGCACCAAAGACCGCACCUGGAACGGCACCAAACCCGCCUGCAAGGCUAUCAUCUGCAAAGCCCCGCAAGCCGUCCCCAACGGGAAAGUCGUGGGCUCCGACUUCAGCUGGGGCUCCAGCGUCAGCUACGCCUGCCUGGAGGGCUACCAGCUGUCCCUGCCCGCCGUGCUGACCUGCGAGGGCAACGGCACCUGGAGCGGGGACAUCCCUCAGUGCUUCCCCGUGUUCUGCGGAGACCCCGGCAUUCCCGCGCAGGGCCGGCGGGAGGACAGGGGCUUCACCUACCGCUCGUCCGUCUCCUUCUCCUGCCUGGCCCCGCUGGUGCUGGUGGGGUCGGCCCGGAGGUUCUGCCAGUCUGACGGGACCUGGAGCGGGACCCAGCCCAGCUGCAUUGACCCCAGCCUGACGACGUGCGCGGACCCCGGCGUGCCGCUUUUCGGGAUGCAGAACAACUCCCAGGGCUACCAGGUUGGGAGCGUCAUCUUUUUCAAGUGCCAGAAGGGAUACCUGCUGCAGGGCUCCACCACCAGGACCUGCCUCCCCAACCUGACGUGGAGCGGCGUGCAGCCCAACUGCGUCCCUCACCACUGCAAGCAGCCGGAGACGCCGUCCCACGCCAACGUCGGUGCUUUGGAUUUGCCAUCGCUGGGCUACACCUUGAUCUACUCCUGUCAGAGCGGGUACUAUCUCACCGGGGGAUCUGAGCAUCGAACCUGCAAAGCAGAUGGCAGCUGGACAGGAAAACCACCCAUCUGCCUCGCUGACGUCCGCCCCAGCGGGAGGCCGGUGGGCACCGCGCGGGACCCGCCGCUCGCCAAGGUGUCAGGCUCCUACGAGUACAUGGGGAAGAAGCAGCCCGCCAUGCUGUCUGUCACCAGCUUCGACCCUGCCACCAGUAAAGUCAACGCCACGCUGAUAGACCACAGCGGCGUGGAGCUCCAGGUGUCCGGCAUUUACAAGAAGGAAGAUGUGCACCUGCUUCUCCAGGUUUACCAGAUAACGGGGCCGGUGGAGAUCUUCGUCAACAAGUUCAAAAACGAUAAAUGGGCUCUGGAUGGACACGUCUCGUCGGAGUCGUCCAGCGGCACGUUCGUGUACCAGGGCUUCGUGCGGGGCAAAGGCUUCGGGCAGUUUGGCCUCCAGAGACUUGACAUCAGCAUGAUGGAAAACGAUCCGGAAUCGAUAGGACACCAUUUUGCAUCCAACAGCAGUUCAGUGGCAGCUGCCAUUCUUGUGCCUUUCAUCGCCCUGAUUAUUGCAGGGUUUGUGCUUUAUCUCUACAAACACAGGAGAAGACCAAAAGUCCCAUUCAAUGGCUACGCAGGCCAUGAAAACACCAACGUCCGAGCAACGUUUGAGAACCCCAUGUACGACCGCAACCUGCAGCCCACGGACAUCAUGGCCAACGAGACGGAGUUCACAGUCAGCACGGUGUGCACGGCCGUAUAG